AUGAGGAUCCAAGGCUGUUCUUCCAAAAAGCAGGAAAGAAACAGGUGUGUGCUGGUCACUGCUGGAACCAGGUGUGCUCAUCACUGCUGUUGGAACCAGGUGUGCUGUUCACUGCUAGAACCAGGUGUGCUCAUCACUGCUGCUGGAACCAGGUGUGCUCAUCACUGCUGUUGGAACCAGGCGUGCUGUUCACUGCUAGAACCAGGUGUGCUCAUCACUGCUGCUGGAACCAGGUGUGCUCAUCACUGCUGUUGGAACCAGGUGUGCUGUUCACUGCUGCUGGAACCAGGUGUGCUCAUCACUGCUGCUGGAACCAGGUGUGCUCAUCACUGCUGCUGGAACCAGGUGUGCUCAUCACUGCUGCUGGAACCAGGUGUGCUCAUCACUGCUGCUGGAACCAGGUGUGCUCAUCACUGCUGCUGGAACCAGGUGUGCUCAUCACUGCUGCUGGAACCAGGUGUGCUCAUCACUGCUGCUGGAACCAGGUGUGCUCAUCACUGCUGCUGGAACCAGGUGUGCUCAUCACUGCUGCUGGAACCAGGUGUGCUCAUCACUGCUGCUGGAACCAGGUGUGCUCAUCACUGCUGCUGGAACCAGGUGUGCUCAUCACUGCUGGAACCAGGUGUGUUGGUCACUGCUGGAACCAGGUAUGCUGGUCACUGCUGGAACCAGGUGUGCUUGUUGCUGCUGGAAGCAGAUGGUAUCAGCAGCUAG